AUGACUUCAACAGAGGACUCCAGUCCAGUUAAAUCUGAGUUCCUGAGAGCAGUGACUCUGAAAGGGGGAGAGGAGGAGGAGGAAGAGGAGCAGCCGGAGGAGGAAGAGGAGCAGCCAGAGGAGGAAGAGGAGCAGCCAGGAGAGUUCACAGAGGCAGACACCAUUGUAAUGGGGGACGUGACGUACGGUGCCUGUUGCGUAGAUGACUUCACAGCUCGAGCCUUGGGAGCUGACUUCAUGGUGCACUAUGGCCACAGCUGCCUGAUCCCUAUAGACGCCACAGUAGGAAUUAAGAUGCUCUAUGUGUUUGUGGACAUCCAGAUGGACAAUGCACACUUCAUGGACACGGUCAAAUUCAACUUCACCCCUGGACAGUCGCUGGCCCUCGUCAGCACCAUCCAGUUUGUGGCAGCUUUGCAGGCGGUGAGUGCAGCUCUCCGGCCCGACUACGAUGUGCUCGUUCCCCAGUGUCGACCUUUGUCUCCAGGCGAAAUCCUGGGCUGCACGUCCCCUCGAUUGGACCGCAACGUUGCCGCCAUAAUUUAUCUCGGAGAUGGAAGAUUUCACCUCGAGUCGAUUAUGAUUGCCAACCCUGAGACUCCAGCUUACAGGUACGAUCCCUACAGUAAGGUCUUCUCCAGGGAGUACUAUGACCAUAAUGCCAUGCGAGAGUUGAGGCUCCAGGCUAUUCACAAAGCUCGCUCAGCCCAAAGAUGGGGCCUGAUCAUGGGCUCACUGGGACGACAGGGCAGCCCUAAAGUCCUGGAGCACCUAGAGACCAGACUUACAUCAAUGGGAAGGUCGUUCACCAGAGUCCUCUUGUCUGAGAUCUUUCCAAGCAAGCUGGAGUUGAUGGGGGACGUAGACGCGUGGGUCCAGAUUGCUUGUCCGAGACUGUCUAUUGACUGGGGAACUGCUUUCAAAAAGCCAUUGCUAUCUCCAUAUGAGGCAGCUGUGGCUUUGCAAGAGGUGAGCUGGAAGGAAGUUUACCCCAUGGACUUUUACUCCAAUCACAGCUCUGGGCCAUGGACGCCCAACCAUCUUGACAACAGGCCAGUGCUGCCUACACGUAAACAAGCCCCGAAACGAGGCUCUGAGCCAGUAUCAAACAAGCCAUGUGAGCAGAACCAGUGCGCCCCCUGUGGCUGUCAAGAGAAAUGA